AUGCUUGGUGCUUCCGCUGCUGGUGCACCCGCCGCCCCAGCCGCCGCCGCACCCAGUGGUGGAGCAGAUGCAGGUAAACCUGUUGCUGCGGCUCCUGCUCCUGUCGCUGCUCCAGCGGCCCCCUCAGGUAAAAAGGAUGCUUCUCCUAAGAAGGCCGCCGCGCCCGCCCCUGCCGCUGCUGGUGGCAAACCACCAAGUGGACCAGUGAAGAAGCCAUCAGCUGGAAGUAAAUCACCGUCGAAGCCAUAUCGUAAGUUCACUCUCUUCUCACUGUUACAAUCACAAUAUCAAUAA